AUGUCCAAAUACCUCCGCCGAGCUCUCCAUUCCCCCACCAAGAAGGAGAUAAAGCGACAGCGCUCCCUCUCUCCCGCCAAGGAAGAACCCGACUCCUCUCCCACCUCUAGAGAACCUGAUCCCUCCCCCACCAAAAUGAACAAGAAACGCAAGUUGUCGGACGCUGACCUUUUCGGGGCUUCCCCCGCGCAUUACAGAAUCAAAGAUGUUCGCGGCAGAAAGCGUGCGAUGACUCCAUCCACUGCACCUGGCAGCCAGUCUUUCGGCAACGCCUUUUCUUCUGCCCCUGCGCCGACUUUUGGUGGCAAUCCUUUCUCCUCCACCCCAUCGCUGCAGCCGACUGGCUUUACCUUUGGCCAGAGCCAGAGCUUCCCCGGUGCCAACGGCAACGCGUCUCCCGGUCAGCCCCAGCAAGAUGGCUCGGCACCAUUCUCAUUUGGAGGUGCCACUCAAGGCGGUUUUGGCUUCAACGCUCCUUCCUUCGGUCAACAGACCAACUCCUUUGCUGUGAAGAACCCUUAUGUCAACGGCACAUCCGGCGGCCAGCCAGCCGAGCCAGCCCAGCCAGCCCAGCCUACUGGGUUGUUCAGCUUCGGCGGGAACAGCCCCUUCAACGCCCCACCUGUCACUCAACCCUCGGCUCAGUCCUCUGGCAUGUUUGGAGCGCCGCAGACCACGAGUGCUCCGACUUCUCUCAACAUGUUUGGCAAACCACCUACCACAGUCACUGGUAUUGAUUCCAUGCAAACCUCACCCGAUGCCAAGCCCAAAGCUAGUGCUCCAGCUUCUGCACCCGGUUUCCAGAAUCGAAAUCUCUUCGGUGCCACGAGUACUCCCAGCUUGACACCUUCCGUUCCAUCGGCUCCUGCUGCCAACCCAUUCACGAGCCUUAAUGUUGCUUCCACGACCGCAAAGCCAGCCGAGACGCCGCCACUCAAGAACCUCUUCGGUCCUGCCGCUGCCGCGCCCAAGGUCUCAGAGCCGUCUCAGCCUACGGCCAACAAUGUUUUCGCACCGAAGACAACUACUGAACAAGCUCCAUCCCAGCCUGCGCAGGCCAAGCCAUUUGGUUCUUCUCUCUUCGGUUCUGCUCCCACGACCGCAAAGACUUCUGAGUCCCAGCAGUCCGCUCUGCCUUCUCCUUCCAAUAUCUUUGCUCCAAAGCCAGCCGCUGAGUCGGCUCCUGCUAAGCCCGCAGAGAGCAAUCCAUUUGGAAACAUUUUCGCCGGCGCUCCCGGCGCAUCCAAGGCUCCGGAGCCCUCCACUCAGCCUGCCCCUAGCAACAUGUUCGCUGGCGCUACGGCAUCCAAGGCCUCAGAAGCCUCCACUCAGCCUCCCCCAAGCAAUAUAUUUGCUGGCGCUACGGCAUCCAAGGCCUCAGAAGCCUCCACUCAGCCUGCCUCUAGCAAUAUGUUUGCUGGCGCAACGACAUCCAAGGCCUCAGAAGCCUCCACUCAGCCUGCCUCUAGCAAUAUGUUUGCUGGCGCAACGACAUCCAAAGCCUCAGAAGCCUCCACUCAGCCUGCACCUAGCAACAUUUUCGCACCCAAGCCAGCUACGGGACAGAACCCCUUCGCCAACCUCAUGGGAGGAGGAACCUCCGCACCUCAGGCCACGCAGCCGCCGGCCCAAUCGGCCCCGAAAAACUUGUUUGCACCGAAGCCCGCUACAGCACAGGCAGCAUCUCAGAACCAGCAGCCAUUUGGCAACCUAUUUGGUGCCAAACCUGCCGCUCCUACAGUCCCUGCAGCCAAAGAAACAUCGGCGCCUGCCGUUCCAGCUGCUCCACCCGCUCCACCCGCUCCAUCUUUCCAGCUGUCAAAGCCUCAGUUGCCUUCCAGCAUGAACGAAGAACAAGCUGAAGAUGCCGAGUUGCUCUUGCAACUGCGCACCCUGAACGAGUCGUUCAAACAGGGAGUCAGCAAACGCAAUGCCACGGAUGAUUUUGAUUCACUCAUCAUGUACUACUUGCAAGUCCGUGAGACCUUGGGUGUGCCUGUCUUCCCCAACAUUUCCGGAGCGGAAGCUACCGCGACAAAUGGCCCUGUUGCUAGUGCCCAGGAUGAUACCUCUACUGCCAACGUUUUCGCAAACUCCUUCUCCGCCCCGAAGUCAGAUUCAAGCAAACCGCCCGCUCUUGCACCUGUACAGUCGGCGAGUACUCCGAGCCCUGCCGGUCCUGCGGUGGCUCCUCCGAAAUUUGAGAACAACAUGUUUGCCAAGGCUGCAUCGAAUGCGAGCACGUCCGCAUCUACCGCCAAUGCAGAUCCAUCGCAACCUUCAGGUGCUACAACACCUGCACCAGCGCUUGCAAUCCCGAAAUUCGGAAAUGGUGCAUCUGGCACGGAUUUCAUGGCGCAAUUCAAGAAACAGGCAGAGAAGACUGCGGCCGAAGAAAAGGCCAAACGCAAGGCUGAAGAUUUUGAUUCUGACGAAGACGAUGAGGAGGAGUGGGAACGCAAGGACGCCGAGAGACAGCGCGAGAAGCGCGAAAAGAUUGAAGCGGCAUCAAAGAAGAAGACGAAGUUUGUUCCCGGCAAAGGAUUCAUAUUUGUCGACGACGUCGACGAACCGGCGGCUUCAACCGAAGCUGCCAAACAGUCUAGUGCUCCGAGUCCUGCCGCCACGCCAUUGUUUGGCAAGCCUGAUGAGGCAAGCAAGAUUGGUAGCUCCAAUGAAGCUAGCGUGAUCAGCAACGCCAGCUCCCGCGCAGCGAGCCCGGCUACUUCGAUUUUCGCAUCUGCCAACCAGCCGCUUCCCAACUCGCAAAACAUCUUCGGCAGCCUUUCUGGAACCCCACAGACCUCUGACAAGGAUGACGGCGAGUCUUCCUCUGGCGAUGACAUCCACGAAGCCAUACGCAAGACCCCCAAGCGGCGGCCCUCUGCCGAAGAUGGAGAAGCGGAAGAUGAUCGCCCAUUCAAGCGAACCACGAACGCUGCCGCAGGUCGCAGUCUUUUUGAUCGAGUUCAGACUCCUGGUCGUUCUGCGACGAGCUCGCCUAACCCAUUUGGUGUUUCGAUGGGCGGAAAUGCCACCACCAACAAUACUGCCAGCUCCCUGUUUACCGGUGUCAACACUUCGGGUACCAGCACUCCACUUUUCGGCGCUUCCCAGACUGCCGAUCAAACCUGGAAGCCAAACACCCCGAUCAAGUUCGCUGCUGAAUCGCUUCCUUCGACCGAGAAUGUCACGUCCGCGGACGUCACGGGCGACGAGGAGGAAGGUGAGUCCGGUGCUAUCUUCAAUCUCACGAAUGCCAAGGCUGGUGAGGAAGAAGAAGAUGCUGUCUACGAAUGCCGCGCUCGUGCUUUUAAGCGAGACGGUAGCUGGAAAUCCCAGGGCACCGGAAUCUGCCGUCUUCUCGUCCACCGAGAGACCCAUGCUGCUCGUGUUGUGAUCCGUGCCGACCCGGGCGGCAACAUUAUCCUCAACACUCACCUGAAGCGUGACUACGCCUAUUCCAAGGCCGGCAGCAGCGUGCAAUUGAUGGUGCCGCACCACAACAAGCCGCCCGAGCACUGGGCCAUCCGGGCGAAGCCCGACAACGUCAAUGAGCUCUUCUCCAAGAUCGAAGAGAUCAAAAACUAA